AUUUGCAGCAGAACGAGCGUCUCCUCCUUCAAACUCAUCUGACAGCUUCUGCACCUGUCAGCUCCGCCCACUGAUGACAUCACGGAUGGACAGGAGUUUCAGGAUUUGCGGCAGAAACAGCUCGGCUCUCACUGAGGAAGGAUGACGAUGGCCGAGGCUGCAACUCCGGAGCUGUUCUCAGAGCAGGAGUUAACCUGCUCCAUCUGCCUGGACCUGUUCAAUGAUCCCGUCUCCACACCGUGUGGACACAACUUCUGUCAGGCUUGUAUCGGAGGCUACUGGGCCUCCAGUCCAGUCUGCACCUGUCCUCUCUGUAAGCGUCAGUUCAAUGAACGUCCUCAGCUGAGCAUCAACAAAGUCUUCGCUCUCAUCGCAGACAAAUACAAACUAGCCCGUUAUGGCGCCGCAGGCUUACCGCCGCCGCUGCCGGUCAGUAACGGCACGCCGGGCUCCAUGGCAACCGUAACAGACAUGGCGAGCACGAACCCCUUUCUGUCGGCGGCGGUGACGGCAGGUGAGGAGGUGGUGUGGUGUGACGUGUGCACAGGUGUUAAACAGCCGGCCGUCAGCUCCUGCCUCACCUGCACCGCCUCCUACUGCACUGAGCAUGUGCAGCCGCAUCACACCACACCGUUCUACGCCAAACACCCACUGAUGGACCCACAGGAGGCCCUGAGGGGACGCACCUGCUCCAUACACCGCCGCCUGCUGGAGGUGUACUGCAGGACAUGUCAGCGCUGCAUCUGUGCCAUCUGCGUCCUGGAGGAACAUCGGACCCACAAAACCGUCUCGGUCCAAACCGAGAGACUCGGCAAACAGAAACAGGUGGCGAGAACAGAACAGGAGAUCCUGAACCGGAUCAAAGAGAAGGAGAUCCGAGUGACCGAGCUGAAGAGGAAACUGGAGGGAGUCCAGAACUAUGCAGACAGAGAGCGUGGCGAGGUAGAACACCUGCUGGACGAAGUCUCCUCCUCCCUGGACAGGAUCCGGUCUCAGGUAGUGGGCGGGAUCCAGAACCAGCUGGAUGCCGUGAUGUCAAAGGGGGAGGGGCUGGUGAACCGUCUGGAGGCGGAGCUUGAACAGCUGACGGACAGGAGAGCCACGCUGGAGAUGCAGGCCAUCAGUCAGGAUCACAUCGGGUUCCUGCAGAGCUUUGAGGAGGCCACAGCUCCUCUGUCUGAGGAGCAGAAUGAGGAGGUUGAUGAGGCGUCGGAGUUCCAGCUUCAACUCCAUCUGGGAGACGUAAAGAGCAGUUUGUCUGAAAUCAAAGACAAGAUGGACGACAUCCGCAUGGGGGAAGUUCGAUCCCGAGGCUCCAGAGGCUCCUUUUCAUCAGGUGACCUGAUGGUGGCAGAGAGCAUGCUCAGUCUGAGAGGAAGCUCGGCCAGUCUGAGGAAGAGUCAGUGGUCUCUGAAAGAUCUGAAGAAGUACAAACAGGUUUCAGGACACAAGAAGGCUCGAGUCUACAUGGAGGAUGUGACGUUGAACCCGGUGACGGCGUAUCCUUUCCUCAUCCUGUCCGAGGACAGGAAGCAGGUGAAGAGAGGCGAGAAGCUGCAGUUCUACAGAAACAGCCAGCAGAGGUUCGAUGUCUGGUCCUGUGUCAUCGCCAAGGAGGGUUUCAGCACCGGACGCCACUACUGGGAGGUGUUUGUGGGGGAGAGUAAAGACUGGAAACUGGGCGUGGUGACUGAGUCUGCUCAGAGGAAAGGCCUGUUCGACAUGAGUCCCUCUAACGGAUACUACGCCCUCUGGUGGAGCGGCAGCCAGCUGCGAGCGCUCACCGCUCCGCCCCUGACCAAGGUGAAAAGCACUCAGAAGCUGCGACAAGUGGGCAUCUUCCUGGACGUGGACGAGGGUCAGGUGUCCUUCUACAACGUCAAGUCGGGCUCAGAGAUCUACAGCUUCAACGGAUCCUCCGAGUUCACCGAGAGAAUGUUCCCUCUCCUGGGCACCGGAGACAAGGAGGUUCCCCUGGUUCUCAUGACCACACAGCACCAGCUGGCCUGAGGGACCUGGACCUGGACCUGGACCUGGACCUCAGGGUCAUACCGGAGAACAGGACGGAUGGUGGGAGAAGGAGGAGGCUGAAGAUGUUUUGACAGAUAUUUAAUCUCACCGUGACGUAAAAACAAUUCUCAGUUUCUGUUGGUAGAUAAAAACAUUGUCUCCUUUUCACACAACAAAAUAUUUUUCAUGUUAUCCUGAAUGUUCAUGAGCUUUGCAGAGGGAAAGUUUGUGAUAGACACAUCUAACAGUUAAUGUCAGUAUGUCAUCUUAAUGACACCUUAUUUUACAUGUUAAAAUGCCAGAAAACAGUGAAGAUCAUGUUUUCAUGUUUUAUUCAAUCACAAAACCAAAGAGACCAAACCAAAAAAUCAUCAAUUCUUUCACAAUAUUCGUCAGUUUUCUGCCAAUUGCUAAUCGAAAAUAACUGCAGCUCUAAUGAAAAGAAGCAAAGUGCUCUGACAAUGAAACCUGUAAACGUGGUCAUAGAAAUAAAUGUAGUAUCAACAUCAAAAUUAUCUUGAUAUUACAUGAAAAGGUUGUUUUAAAAGGAUAGCAUAAACAAAAGAUCAUGUGGAAAUAAGAUUCUCAUGUUUCUUGUAAAAACUAAAAUCAGCUUGUGACACAAACUGAGCAAGAAAACCUGCUUUUUGUUGAAGGACAUUGAACUUGUGUAAAUAAGAAAAAUUUAAAAAAAUUUAGUAUUUCUAAAGAGACCAUGAGGGUGUAUGGAAGCCCAUUUGUGUCAAGGGAAAAAAAAUUAUGUUAAGAAUAUGAAUAUAAUUAUGGUAAAAUAUUUGGACUUACUCUUUCAGAAAUUGAGAUUAGACUAUUUCAAAUUUAUGAUGUGUUAAAAAAAUGACAUUAAGGCAAAACUAUGAGAUUACAGCAUCAUUUUUACACAAACUGAAAUAUUACAUCAAAACAUUUAAUGUACUUUCUCAAUGUUGUGAUUUAAUGUUGUCAUUAAUUCCCUAAAGUCCCAGUUUAUUUUCACCAUCAGUUCUUUUGCCUCUUGGCACAGAAAGGCCUUCGUAAUUUUUCCCCAUUUACUUUAAUACAGUCAAAAUCUGACCACAGCAUGAGUGGACAUGAGAGGAACUGCAGCUGCAUAAACAACAUUCACCAUCAGUGGCUUUGAUUCAUAGAAGAUUAAAUAGUGAAGUUUUCAGCACAGAUAGCUGAUUGUUAAAAUGUUUUGUAUAGUAAAAAGAGAAACAGCAAAAACAGUUUGCGGUAUCUAACCUCAUUACAGUUUUCAUGAGAUUUUAUUGUGGUUUUCUAUCGACUCUCAGUUUAUAGAAUGAUCAGAAAUGGAAAUAAAAGCAAUAAAAGGGAAAUUAUUAAUUAAAUAUGAA